GGAGCGCAAAGCCGGGAGGAGGCGCGCAGGCAGCAGCCGCCACCGCCACCACCAGGCAGAGGGAGAGUUCGCGAGGAGAGACCCUGCUCCCACUUGGAGCGCCUUGGUCGGCUUUUGGAGACAGAGAAUGCGAGACCCGGGGGGAGCCGGGAAGAAGAAGAAGGAAAAGGACGUGAGGGGAGCCUGAGCGACCCGGGGCGUGGACGGAGGGCGCCGGCGGGGCAGGGAGCCCGAGGCACCCGGCGCGGCCGGAGCGCGGCCCGGGUGGCAGGUGCCGCGGGCGCAGCGCCCUCGCACCCCGCGCGCCUCGCGGAGCUGGAGCGCACGCCGCGGCCGGUCGGGGCCGCCCGGAGCCCCCGCUCCUCGUCGGUUCGCCGGGCGGCGGCGCCUCGGGAAGGACGGGCGAUGGACCGCAGGGCGGCUCCCGGCGCGGGCGCGCGUUCCUAGGGCGCUGCUCCCUGGCGCCGAGCGGGAGGCGGCGAGGGACCGCGGGCCCUGCGCCCCCCGCGCACCGGAGGCGCGACGCCGGCGGGGACCGCACGCGGAGCCCCGCGCCCAGGUGAGGACGCCCGCACCGCUCGCCUGGUCUCCCUCGCCGAUCGCCUGCGGGAGGAGGAAAAGUUUUCAGCUCAGAACUUCCGAAGCCUCGCCCAGAGCCGCCGUUUCUGCUCUUCCUGGCUGGCUGGACGAUGCGGCGACGCCUUCCCGUGCUUGAUCACAGCUCCACGCUCGGCUCCUGCUGCAGGGAAGCCCAAGGUAUGGCGCAGAUCAAUCGGGACUAUGUCCGAGAGUCACAAUGAACUUGCAUAAUAACAAUACAACUUUGCCGUUGUUGCCAAACCUCAGCUCCCUCUGGGUACCCGGCUCCCCGGGUGCAGGGCUGCCCCCGGGCACGGCCACUGAUUCUGGCAGCUACAACGUUUCUCAGGCAGCUGGGAAUGCCAGUCCUGCCAAUGGCACCGUCAGCGACCCUCUGGGAGGCCACACCGUCUGGCAGGUGGUCUUGAUUGCCGUCCUCACGGGGGUGGUGGCCCUGGUGACCAUCAUUGGCAACAUCCUGGUGAUCGUGGCGUUUAAGGUCAACAAGCAGCUGAAGACGGUCAACAACUACUUCCUCUUAAGCCUGGCCUGCGCCGAUCUGAUCAUCGGGGUCAUUUCCAUGAAUAUGUUUACGGCCUACAUCAUCAUGAAUCGCUGGGCUAUGGGGAACUUGGCCUGCGACCUCUGGCUUUCGAUCGACUAUGUGGCCAGCAACGCCUCCGUCAUGAACCUGCUGGUGAUUAGCUUUGACCGGUACUUCUCCAUCACCAGGCCGCUCACCUACCGAGCCAAAAGGACAACGAAAAGAGCCGGCAUGAUGAUAGGCCUGGCUUGGGUCAUCUCCUUCGUCCUCUGGGCGCCUGCCAUCCUGUUCUGGCAGUACUUCGUGGGCAAGAGAACCGUGCCCCCGGGGGAGUGUCAUAUCCAGUUCCUCUCCGAGCCCACCAUUACCUUCGGCACGGCCAUCGCCGCCUUCUAUUUGCCCGUCACCAUCAUGACGAUCUUAUACUGGCGGAUCUAUAAGGAAACGGAAAAGCGUACCAAAGAGCUGGCCGGGCUGCAGGCCUCCGGGACGGAAGCAGAGACGGAAAACUUUGUCCCCACCACGGGCAGCUCUCGGAGCUGCAGCAGCUACGAGCUGCAACAGCAGAGUGUGGCGCGCUCGGCCCGCAGGCCGUGCGGCUGCUGCGACUUCUGGUUCCCCACCAAGACCUGGCAGCCCAGCGCCCAGCGCGUGGAGCCGGACCACAGCAGCAGCGACAGCUGGAACAACAACGACGCGGCGGCCUCCCUGGAAAACUCCGCGUCCUCCGACGAGGAGGACAUCGGCUCGGAGACCAGAGCCAUCUACUCCAUCGUGCUCAAGCUGCCCGGGCACAGCACCCUCCUCAACUCCACCGCGCCACCGUCCCCGGACAGCCUGCGGGUGCCCGACCCAGCGCUGGGCACGGCGGGCGUGGAGCGGAAAGCCAGCAAGCUGCAGGCCCAGAGGAGCAUGGACGACGGAGGCCGCUUUCAAAAGAGCUUCUCCAAGCUUCCCAUCGAGUUAGAGUCGGCCGUGGACCCGGCCAAGACGUCCGACGCCAACUCCUCCGGGGGGAGGUCCACGGCCACGCUACCUCUGUCCUCCAAGGAGGCCACCCUGGCCAAGAGGUUUGCUCUGAAGACCCGGAGCCAGAUCACGAAGCGGAAGCGGAUGUCACUCAUCAAGGAGAAGAAAGCCGCCCAGACCCUCAGCGCCAUCCUGCUCGCCUUCAUCGUCACCUGGACGCCCUACAACAUCAUGGUCCUGGUGAACACCUUCUGUGACGACUGCAUCCCCAAAAACUACUGGAACCUGGGCUACUGGCUGUGCUACGUCAACAGCACCGUGAACCCCGUGUGCUACGCCCUGUGCAACAAGACCUUCCGCACCACCUUCAAGACGCUGCUGCUCUGCCAGUGCGACAAGCGGCGGCGGCGCAGGCAGCAGUACCAGCAGCGGCAGUCCGUGACCUUCCACAGGUGUGUGCCCGCGCAGGACCUGUAGAGUGAGCUUGGUAUAUGGCCGUGCCCUUCUGCAGGUGUGCGCCCACACAGGACCUGUAGAAUGAGUUUGGCCAAUGGCCAUGACCUUCUGCAGCUGUGCAACCAAGCAGGACAUGUAGAGUGAGCUUGGUAUAUGGCCAUGACUUUCUACAGCUGUGCACCCAAGCAGGACAUGUAGAGUGAGCUUGGUCAAUGGCCAUGACUUUCUACAGUUGUGCACCCAAGCAGGACGUGUAGAGUGAGCUUGGUAUAUGGCCGUGACCUUGUGCAGGUGUGCAACCAAGCAGGAAUGGUAGAGUGAGCUUGGUAUAUGGCCGUGACCUUCUGCAGGUGUGCAACCAAGCAGGAAUGGUAGAGUGAGCUUGGUAUAUGGCCGUGACCUUCUGCAGGUGUGCAACCAAGCAGGAAUGGUAGAGUGAGCUUGGUCAAUGGCGUGACCUUCUACAGGUGUGCACCCAAGAAGAACCUGUAGAAUGAACUCGGUCAAUGGCCGUCACCAAACACACACGCCAGCCCACAGGCCUUCGGAGGGCGUCCGUGAGGGGGGUGGGGGAGGAUGAUUCCUGGUAAUAAUGUUCUUAUCACGCAGACGAGAAAGCUGCCUGUUUACUGAACCAUUGGAUAAACCCAUUUUAAUACAAAAAAAGUCAAAUAUUAAUUCAGAGGGGGGAAAAAACGUAUUACUGAAUAUAAAGAAAGUGACUCUGAAAUAGACUUCAAGUGUUUUUUCUUCAAGAGGAAAAAAAUGGCUUCGUGGCCAUUCGACACCCAUGCUUGCCUCUUUUCAUGUCCGUGCGUCCUGGAAUCUCAGGGCCACACAGCUGGCUGCCCUCGGUGCCGCGUCCUUUACACGGACGGACCCCAACAGUGUGGAUUCGGGUUCCGCGUGGACAGGGCCAGGCGACUGCCUCCGCGGCCCCGAGGCGGUUUCAUCCUUCCCUAAGCUGCACCUUCUCGCCCCAGUAGAGCUGUUCGUCUCCUCUCCGGUGUGUUGUGAAACUCUGUUUGCGGACUUGAUUUUUGAUUCCUGCCGAGUCCUGUUUGGUGCAGUUCAAGUUUUGUACAAAUAAAUAUAUAAGGAUACGGAUAUGUGUGAGUGUGUGCGAGUUCCACAUACACACACACCAUGUAUACGAGAUAGUGGGAACCCUUGACCUGGCUAGGUAUUCCCACAAGACAUGCUUUCAGUACUUUGGUAACUGAAGUUCUCCAGACCCUAACACAACAGAAAGGCGAACCCAACCCAGAGUCACGUUUCCAAACCCAGGGCUGUUUGACAAAGACCAUCCCGGAGAGCGUGCCCGGCCUUCCCGGCCGCAGAUCUGGGCCGAGGAGUCAGCCUGGGAUCAAGGUCAAGCCCCAGGACUUGGCCAGACUGAGUGUCAACCAUCUCCUUUUUUGAUAUCCUCAGCAAAACUCCAUCCCCUGGGGCCCCUGUGAGCUCCAACACUGAACCCCACCCCCAGGUUCGAAUGGAAUUGUCCAGUACUGAAUGUGCCCCAACCAGGCU